GUCGCUUGCAAGUGCAGCCACCGUAGCGCCGGCCUCGGUACUCGAACAGCCCGCAAUGUUGCGGCGCCAGCUCCGCCAGAUGCGUUGUCUGAACCACCAACUAAACAGAUAAAUUUUGUAUCGUGUUUUGACACGCGAAGUCGUUACCCUGCUGCACUGGUGCUGCGUUCAAACUGUUCCCUGUGCGUGGUACUGGACUGGUUCUCGAACUUUUUCUUGUUUUUCGUGUCAAUGACAGCCAACAAGCUGGAAGUCGGUGGUGGGACAAUGCACACAAGUGACGAGGACCUACCUGCCGAGCUCCAGCGGAUCGCCGAUGAAGAGCUCGGCGAGACGGACCACGGCCGGGCGGACGCGUUGGCAAGGCUCAAUGAGUUGCUCGACGCGAAGGGCGAGCCGAGAGUUGGUGAUCUGGCCACGGCUAUCGGAGGCAAGAAUCUGUCAUUCGACCUUCAGCCUACUGCCAAAGGACUUGGAAAGACGGACGAGGGCCGGGCAGACGUCUUAGCAAGGUUGAGUCGCUUGCUGGACGAUCACAACCACCAUAUUCCAUGACUAAAUCUCUAGACUAAAUUAGAGAAAUAAAAACUGGGAUGCGGCAGUGGACAUCGAGUUCCUAUUCUGAAUAUGGACGUGCGCAUUCACAAUCACAUUCGUCCCAU